AUGCAGGGACAAGAAAACACAAUGAGGCCUGCGGGUGAUUCUACUGAGGCAAGAGGCCCAUCCCUGAAUAAUACCCCAGUGGAGUUGCAUGAUAAUACCCAAGAUGGGAAAAAUAAUGGAGAUGCAGACAAACGUCCCAUGACACUUGCAGAACACGAAUCCCGCUGGGGAUUUACACUUGAUGAGCUGCACGCAGCAACGAAGGUGGUACGUACACUCUUUCAUAAUCCCUCACUCUUCGUUGGAGAUACGUACCUCUGUGAGAGUCGUCUGUAUACGAUGAUUACACGCGAUCGCAAGACCAAAGCUGAAAAUCGUGAUGUCUAUAAGGCCAUUAUGAGCGAGGAGAAAAGUCGUCGAAAACGUUUUAAACGAAUGCAGGAUAUUGAGGCUAUUCGUCGAACAGAGAUGAAGCGAGAGCGAGAUGAAGCUCUUAACGCACUCAUGUUGCCACCGCAGCAUGAGCAAAAAUUGUUAACAGAUGAAGCGACAGCAUCACGACUCCUUUGUAAUCAUACAGAAGGUUUAGAACAUAAUGAAGAAAAAGAAGAAGUAAAAGUUGAUGAUGGUUCUCUUUCUACUAGUGAUCAACAAAUUGCUCGAUUAAUUGGUGCAUUUGAGAAUUUAAUUCGCUUAGAAGAGGCCUAUGCCGUUGCUCCGGCAGAAGUGAAUUGGCUUACUAUUUCACAACUCGUAGCGCAAGUUUACCGCUACAUUCCACAUACUUUUGGUUCACAGAUGCCACCUGCAUUGCUAUAUGGUCCAAUUCCUGCAGGAGUUUCACCUGAGCAGAGAAAUUACUUUAUAGCGACAGCAAAGGUACAAAUUGCUCGUUCUUGUGCAGAAUUAAUUAUUUUGGGAGAAAACAAAGGUGAUAAUGAUGAUUGUAAUAUCAAUAAUUCCCUUACUGGCGACGCCAAGAAUGAAAAUAAUAAUAAUAAUAAUAAUAAUAAUAAUAAUAAUAAUAGUGGUUCAUCCAUUCCUAUUCCCAUCACUCAAGAUGUGCUAGUACUGGAUUCACCAACGCUACGGAAUGUUUCCUUUCUGCGGCAGUGUGGUGAUUUAAAAUCUGCAUCACAAGACGUGAUGAAUGCCAUUCAACACGUCACCCCAGUAGUGGAUGCUCUGCGUACAUUUGAGCUUGUACUUACUGAGGGUGUUAUGGAUGAUAGAUUUCUUCCUCGAAAUGCUGAUAAUACCGAGGCUUCUAUUUCGUGGUCAGCAGAUGUGUCUCUGAAUUUUUUUAUUGCGCGAAGACUCUAUUCAAAGCAACGUUAUCGAGACUGGGGUGAAUCCCCUGUUGUGGUACAAACCCGCCCUCCAAUAUCUGAAGAUGAGGAACCUGACAGUUAUUGUAUCUUUGAUGAUGUACAGCUGUAUACGGCAAAGAAAUCCAUACCACAAGAUGAGGUACUUCAGUUAAAUCGAUGGGCAGCUUGUCACACUUGUCGUGUGCGAUAUAAUCAGUUACAUCCCUAUUAUUACAGUCUUUGCCAUCUCUGUGGAGAGUACAAUUUUAACAAACGAUUAAUGACACGAGAUUUGCGAGGAAAAGUGGUUUUGCUCACUGGUUGUCGAAUUAAAAUUGGAUUUGCAAUGGCCCUUUCUUUACUUAGAUGUGGUGCGUGUCUUGUAGGUACUACAAGGUUUGUACAUGAAGCAUUAGCUCGUUUUCAGCAGGAAGUCGAUUAUGAAGAGUGGAAAGAUCGUCUACAUCUCUUUUCUCUUGAUCUACGGGACAUGUGGGUGGUAACACAAUUUUGUGCCUUUGUAACACAGAGGUUCCCAAAAUUAUUUGCUAUCAUUAACAAUGCAGCACAAACUAUAGCACGUACAAGAGAAUACAAUGCCCAUGUACGACAAUUAGAGGAACAUCCGCCUCGGGAUCUUCAUUAUGCUCUUUAUCAAGAUGAGACAGCACAAGAGUGGCAUCGUUUUUUUCUUUCUCACUCCUCCGUUACAAUAGGAGAACCACUUAGCAUAGAAUGCCAUCCACAUGAGCAACCGUUUAGGGAUACUACAGAUGGUACAGUUACCACAAACGGUGAUAAUAAUAAUAAUAAUAAUAAUAAUAAUAAUAAUAAUAUGUCUCUUACGGGUAAUGAAGAGCAAGCACUUGUUACGACAAAUUCCUCUAUUAAGAGCCGUUUACGCGUAUUUGACCGCUAUGACACACUUGCGGAAGAAAGUGAUCAUCGUGAGACAAAUUCAUGGGUCAUGCGAUUGGCUGAUGUUCAGGGAAGUGAGGCGGCUGAGACAAUGGCUAUCAAUGCCCUUUCACCAUUAAUAAUUAAUAGUAAGCUAAAACGUUCUCUGUUAAAUCGUGAAGGUGAUACAGUGCCAAAUGAGGCACGUUUCAUUAUAAAUGUGUCUGCCAUGGAGGGUCAGUUCUACCGCUUUAAACAAGUAACACAUCCACAUACAAACAUGGCUAAAGCGGCUCUCAAUAUGAUGACACGCACAAGUGGUGAGGACUACGCUCAGGAUGGUAUUUAUAUGAACUCUGUAGACACUGGGUGGAUCACGGACGAAUCACCCAAGGCAAAGAAAGAACGACGAGCAGAACAGGUAUUGUUGUGUCCGCUAGACGAAGUUGAUGCCGCUGCGCGUUGCUUGGAUCUCAUCUACACGAACAGUAAAGAGUAUGGGAAGUUUUUUAAGGACUUCAAGGAGAUCCCAUGGUAA